AUGUCUUCAUCGGGCCUAACGCGGCGCCGUGGUGCCGGCGCCGGCGGUGGAGAUGGCGAGGCCGGCAGCAGUUCGCCUGGCGCCCCUCGAGCCGGCUCGUCGAGUAACUUUAAGGACAGCGCCCCCGAAACGAGCUACGAGAGCGGCGAGAACGGACACAAGAUUGCCUUUGACCCGCGCGAUAUCAGCGAGAGCGUUGAGCGGAGCAAGCAGCCCAAGUUGACGCUGAUGGAGGAGGUGUUACUACUUGGAUUGAAAGAUAAGCAGGGAUAUCUCUCUUUCUGGAACGACAACAUCUCGUACGCUCUCAGAGGAUGCAUAGUCAUCGAACUUGCUUUCCGUGGACGGGUUAGCAUGCAGAAGGACCCUUCGAGGCGGCGGUUCCCCCUUCCCGAUCGUAUAAUUGAAGUUAUUGAUGAUACCCUUACCGGCGAGGUUCUUCUUGACGAGGCCUUGAAGUUGAUGAAGUCGAGCGAGAAGAUGAGCGUUAGCUCCUGGAUCGAUCUACUGAGUGGCGAAACCUGGAACCUCAUGAAAAUAGGCUACCAGCUCAAACAAGUCCGCGAACGCCUCGCAAAAGGCCUCGUAGACAAAGGCAUCCUCCGCACCGAAAAGCGCAACUUCCUCCUCUUCGACAUGGCCACCCACCCCGUAGCCGACGGCGGCGCCAAGGAGGAGCUCCGCCGCCGCGUCCGCAACGUCCUCACCCAGCGCACCGUCGUCCUCGCGGGCAACCAGUUCCUGCCCGAGAAUCUCGAGUUCCGCUACCUCCGCACCAUCGCCAUGGUCUGCGCCGCCUACGCUGCCAACGUGCUCGAGAACGCGCUCUCGUCGCUGGGCCACGAGGCGAGGGAGCGGGCGUUCGCGCAAACGGACGAUUUGUUGGCGGAUUAUAGCCAGUGGCCUUUUGGGCGGAAGGCGGUGGGGAAUGGGGUUGGGGCGAAUUUGCCGGGUGUUAUAGCUGAGGAGGUGAACAAUGCCAAGGAUAGGGAACUUCAGCUCGAAGUUGUAGCCGCAUGCUUGAACGUAUUCACUACUCUCGACUCUCUCCUGUAA